UGCAUUAGUAGAAAUACACGAGGCUAAAGUAUCAGUUCAAUAUGUCUUUAAAUAUUUCCCGUUUUUAACGCCUUGGGAAAUGGUAUCAGUUGUAUUAAUGCCUAGUAUAUCCUAUUUUAGCUUUUAUUCCGUAAGCUAUUUACUUAUUGGGAAAUAGAUGAAUAAAAUUAACUUUAACAAACAUAGGAAAAAUUAAGGAAGGGGAAAGUUUUUUCUUACUCAGGAUCAAGUAUUCUAAUGGCUCGACCUAAUGAAUAUGUGCUUAAGGUUCAUGGAUAUAGUUUAUUUAAUGUUAUCAUGCAAGUAGAAACAGAAAUAGAGCUAAUUCAAUGGAACAAAUGGUUUAACAUUAAGAGACAAUCAUCUUCAACAGACUCAUUAUCUUCCUUAUUUAAUAAUAAAGUAACUACAGUAGCUGAUCAAGUAUUCUCCUCUGCAAAAAAUAAUAAUAAUAAUGAUAAAUCCGCAUAUCGAACUAGAGAAAAAGAUGACAGAAUUUAUAACAAACUGGGCGAUAUUGAUAAUAAUCGAAAAUCCAAUUCCUUAUCAAAGAAUGAAACCAUACACAAUAAAUUCGAUUCGGACAUAACAGAACAAUUAUUAUUCCAAAGUCAAGUUGAUGAAGAAAGUGAUAUUGAAGAAGAAUGCGAGUAUAGAAGAGGAAGCACGACAACUGUUUCAACAUUAGUCAACUGCUAUUAUAAUAGACCUUUUUUAACAGAAUUAGAAUACGGUAUAAAUGAAAUUACAAAUGCUCAUGAAGCACAACGACAACGUUUAAGACAAAAUCAAAUGGAAACACACAGCAUACAUAAUCAGCCGGAAUCUUCUACCACAACAUGGUCUCGAAGUAGUGUACCUGCUCCUGGAAAUUAUACAAAUAAAUAUAACAUUAAUACUAAUAAUAGUAUCACGAAAGCUUCAUCUAUAUAUCAUACAGGACAUACUUUAUUUGAUGAAGAAUUAUCAGAAGACAUUACGACGUCAAAGACAACUAUUCAACUAAAAAAAGAAAGAAAAUAAAAGCAAAAGUUAUUAAAAUGUAUAAAAAUGUAAAACUAAAGCUGUUAGAAUAAGAUACAUUGAUACCAGCAAAAUAUAUAUUUGUAUAUGUAUACAUAUUAUUAUUCUAGCAAAUAUAUUUGGCAAACAAUUUUUAACAGUCU